AAGCAUCACCUCGGGAUCUGUGUUUUUGAUUGGGAGGAGGCAAAAAGGCUGUCAUCCGCGGACUGAUUCAGACGCUGCUGGCGAGGAGGCGGAGUGAUCCCUCCUGUCCACGACCCACGUAAACCGAGUGCGCUCUCGGACCCGCAGCCACACACUGUCAGAGCGACGCCAGGGAAGAAGCACUGCGGCUGCGAUACGCACGGAUUCUGCUCUCACUCGCUCUUCGUCUUCUUCUUCUUCUUCUUCUGCUUCUGGAGGAUUUUAACGUUGGUUCUUUUAUUCUCCGGGGAAGUCUUUUUUUUAACCGUGUUGGCUUCUUUUACCCUACACAUGCAUCUCUCAGCCAUUUCCACGAGAAUUGGGUCAUGAUCACAUCGCCCACGGUCUCUUUCCUGAGAAAUAGCACCAAUCCAGCCUGGCACAGCGGCUCCUCGGGGGAGAGGGGCGCAGUGAAUAUCAGCCGGCCGUUCGUCCACAACUCUGUCUCUCCCGCACACCCUUCUCGCCAAGCCAGUCGUCUUCCCAUCAAGGUUUUGAAAAUGCUCACGGCUCGGUCAGGACACAUUUUACACCCGGAAUACCUCCAGCCUUUACCCUCCACCCCGGUCAGUCCCAUCGAGCUGGAUGCCAAGAAAAGUCCACUGGCUCUGUUGGCCCAGACGUGCUCUCAGAUCGGCAAACCGGACCCGCCGUCCUCCUCCAAACUGUCGAACUCCAAUGGAUCUAGUGACAAGGAGACCAAAUCCGGUCCGCUGAAAAUGAGCGACAUCGGAGCUGACGACAAAUCCAGCUUCAAACCUUACUCCAAAUCCUCAGAGAAGAAGGACUCGAGCAGCAGCCACAGUGGAGAUAAAAACGGUUUCCGAGUACCUAGCGCCACCUGCCAGCCGUUCACCCCCAGGACAGGCAGCCCCAGCUCCUGCACAUCAGUCUCUCCACGGCCGCUCGACGGCAAGGCGGGGGACAAGGAGGAGAAGAAGGAGUCUGAUAGCAAUAAAAGCAGCACGACUGAGAGUAAUGGUAGCCAUAGGAUAAGUGGAAUUACUUCUGAUGGCAGCCAACACCAGGAGAGCACAUCUGGAUCCAAGACUGUUACAUCAGACUCACCAUCUGUAACCUCAUCGUCAUCCUCCGUCCUCGGCUCCGGACUGGUGGCCCCUGUUUCCCCCUAUAAGCCCGGCCAUACAGUUUUCCCCAUGCCACCUGCUGGUAUUUCUUACCCUGGAAGUUUAGCGGGUGCGUAUGCGGGUUACGCGCAGCCGUUCCUCCCUCAUGGAAUGACCCUUGACCCCACCAAAUCCAGCAGCCAGCUGUUGAGCGCACAGUUCGCUGCAGCCUGCAGUAAAGCAGGUUCGAGCCCCUUAGCUGGAGCCUCCCCGCCGUCCCUCAUGUCUGCAAGUCUGUGUAGAGACCCCUACUGCCUGAGCUACCACUGCUCAAGCCAUUUGUCCAGUGCGGCCAGCGCAAACUGCGCACAUGACUCUGCGGCCGCUGCUGCCGCUGCCAACGCGCUCAAGUCCGGAUACCAGAUCAUGUACCCGACGCACCCGUUACACAGCGUGCACGCCUCGGCCCCAUCCUUCAACGGACAUCCCUUGUAUCCUUACGGGUUCAUGCUGCCCAAUGACCCCCUCCCGCACGUGUGUAACUGGGUGUCUGCUAACGGACCUUGCGACAAGCGCUUCUCCUCCUCCGAGGAGCUGCUCAGCCACUUGCGGACUCACACGGCCUUUGCCGGCACGGAGAAGUUGAUAUCUGGGUACCCGGGCUCGUCUUCUCUCGCCAACGCCGCGGCCGCCGCUGCCAUGGCCGGUCACAUGCACAUGCAUGGCGGCCCGGGCAGUCCCGGCACGCUGGCCCUCAGGGGCCCCCAUCACCCCCUCGGACUGACCAGCCGCUAUCACCCUUAUUCAAAGAGCCCCCUGCCUCCCGGUGCUCCGGUGCCGGUGCCUGCAGCCAACGGGGCGUAUUACUCCCCCUACGCCUUGUAUGGACAGAGACUGACAACAGCGUCGGCCUUAGGAUACCAGUAGAACCACAGAGUUAUAGCCUACAUUUAUAAAGGAGAUUUAGGCCCAAUGAGUUUUAUAUUGUACUUCAUGCAGGGACUGGAUCCAUAUGGGGAUCACUGUAUUUAUUUGCGAUAGCUUCAAGCGUGACUAAAAUAAAAAAGUACUAUAAUUUAACUUUGAAAA